AUGGACGCUCCCGAAGACGACCUCGACAUCAAACUCCAAAAGAUUUCGGGAGAUCUCAUCGCCGAUUUUGACAAGUCCCUACAGCCGUUUCUUCGGAAACAGCAGAGGAAACAACAUGUCCAGGCAGCGAGUGGAAACGGCCUCCCCGCAGUCCGGUUACGGGUCCGUACGCGUGAGACGGCGCGACUCAUUUCUUCGCUGCUAGACCCGUUCCAAGAACUCCCCCAACUUCUCGACCCGCACCUCCCUGUCUGGCUCUCGGCUCUCGGCGAUGCAUAUCUCGAGUACUAUCUCACUAGCCACCUCCGCCAAUCAACACUCCCCGACCCCUCCGCCGACCAAAUUGGUUCCGGCCUGCUGAUGCCCCUUCCGCGCGCUAUUUGCAAACUUCUCUACACGUUCUGCAAAAUCCGCGGGGAGAAGGUAGUGGUUCGCUUUCUAAGUAACGAGGCGCGGUACUUAGAAGUCUUGCUAGCCGCGCUAGAAGAGGCCGAGAGAACUGGCGGUGUCUCCGGCAACGAAAACGACAACGGCACAUCCUGGGCAUGGGAAGAGCGCUACGUCGUCCUCCUCUGGCUAUCCCACCUGAUGCUAGCCCCCUUUGACCUCUCCAGCAUGUCCUCGCAGGAAAUGCUGGGCGAAGACGAGGUGGUGUCUGUGCCCGGUCUGGUGUGGCCGGCCAAUUUGCCGAGUAUCACGACCCGUAUCCUGCCGCUGGCUAUCGAGUGUCUUGCUUCGCCGGGUAAGGAGCGGGACGCGUCUAAGGCACUGCUAGUGCGGAUUUCGAUGCGGCGGGAUAUGCAGCAGCUUGGGGUGUUGGAUGCGUUGGUGCGUUGGGCGUUGGGGGCUUUGGGAUCUGAGAGUGGUGGUGAUGGUGAUGCGGGGGCUGGGAAGCAGCGGACGCCGUAUCAUUACAUUGGGGUGUUGUCGUAUUUGGCUGGGAUAUUGGCAUCGUCUGCGGAUACGUCGGAUAUGAAUCGCUACUUGACGAAGAUUUUCUACGUUGUGCAUGGGAUUGCUGCGUCCGAGGAAGGUGGGAAAGGGGGUUCCUCGAUGAUGGCAUCGGCUUUGGCGCGUAAGACCAUGAUCAAGGUGAUCCGGGCUAUUACGGUUCUGAUUCUACGAGAUCCACAGGACAUGGAAGGGAUGGAAAUCGUCGAAACGACAAUUGGGUUUCUCCUGGAGAGUUUGGCAGACAACGACACGCCUGUCCGUUUCGCAGCCAGCAAGGCGCUCAGCAUCAUCACGCUGAGACUGGAUGAGGGUAUGGCCUCGCAGGUCGUCGAAGCUGUGCUCGAGUCUCUCAACCAGAAUGUUUUGCGUGUCAAAGCUUCAACAGACUCGUCAGGAGUUCCCAAGAAGGACUUGAGCAUGGUUGACCCCCUGGAAUGGCAUGGCCUCAUGCUAACGCUUUCUCACUUACUCUAUCGGCGGUCUCCGCCGGCCGAAAACCUAGCCGAUAUCGUGCAGGCUCUGUUGAUGGGUCUCUCCUUUGAGAGACGGAGCACAUCCGGGAGUUCUACGGGCGCAAACGUCCGUGACGCCGCAUGCUUUGGCGUGUGGGCACUAGCUCGACGGUAUACCACUUCUGAACUUCUCGCCGUGCCCACCACUUCCUUUGUCACCACUGGCAAUCCUGACUCGGCAACCUCGAUUCAACAAAUAAUUGCCACCGCGUUGGUCACCACAGCCUGCCUUGAUCCAUCAGGAAAUAUCCGCCGCGGCUCGUCGGCGGCCCUGCAAGAGCUCAUCGGCAGGCAUCCUGAUACGGUCGAGAAGGGCAUCUGGGUCGUCCAGACGGUUGACUACCAUGCCGUGGCCCUCCGGUCGCGGGCCGUUCAAGACGUCGCGUUGGGUGUGACGAAGUUGGCUGGGCUGUACGGAGAGGCUAUUCUGGAAGGGCUGCUGGGCUGGCGAGGAGUGGGUGAUGCAGACGCGGCUGCGAGACGGGCCGCGGGCGUAUCGUAUGGCGCUAUUACGGCCGAACUGGCGUCGUUGUCUUCGGACCCGGUCCAGAGGCUGGCGCAGUCUGUAAGCUUGGUGCUGGACCGCAUCAAGGGGCUCGAGGCGCGGCAGGUAGAGGAGCGGCAUGGGCUGUUCUUUAGCUUUGCCGCUGUACUGGAUGCCCUAGCGGAGGUUGCUUCUCCCGAGACACAAACGAGCCCGACGUUCAGGGGAUUAGUCUCGCUCUCGCUCAACGCACUGCUUGAUAUCCUCGAGGACAGCGACACAAAGACCUACCGCAAACCCGAACUCAUCGCUGAAGCCGCCAGCCGGCUCAUCAUCUCCUCAUUCCCCGCCCUUCAGGCAACUACGUCAAGCACCACUGCUAAGCUGUUGCCUGGUCACUCACUCAUGUCCAAACCCGGUGCUGAGCUCUCUCACCUCGUCAACUCCAUCCACCGGACCACAACCGUUAAAAACGAUACCCCAACCUCGGCCUUAACCUCAAUCCUCCCCACACUCACCACCCUCGUUCGUUCCAAUCUCCAAAAGUGGCUCAUCCACCCCGACAUCGCCAUUGUCUCUGCCGCUUCCGACGCCGCCGUCAUUCUCAUGCUCUUCUGCAGCCCACGCGAGCGAGCCGAAACCAUCAGCGGUUGGGCCGAGUCGGCGCGACGUAAUCUCCGGCAGACGUCCAAGACGCGCACGACGAGUGGGCAUUUUUCGGCGUUGGCGGCCGUUUACCCGCUUGCUACUGCGGUAACUACGCAGAGUGGGGAGGCCAGCCAGGAUGAGAAGGAGGAAGAGAAAGAUAAGGACCUUAUUUGCAACGCCAUCGUGGAGAGAUGGCGCGCUGAUGUGUGGACGGACACGAGGGCGUGUAUCCUGCAGAGCUUGACGGGGAGCGAGUUGCUAGCGCGCAAUACGAAUGUGUUCCUAGACUUAGUGGCAGAAGGGCUGGAUGAUUACACCACGACAGCGCGGGGCGAUGUGGGAUCGUUGGUGCGCUUUGAAGCCAUCCGGGCGACACGGUCGCUGUGGGAACGGGAGCUGGAAACGGCGGGUAGCGAGACGGCGCAUCGGCUGGUAUCCACGCUGUUCUUGCGGAUCUUGAGGUUGGCGGCCGAGAAGCUGGAUCGGGUGCGUGUCGAGGCGCAGGCUGCGCUUGCAGUGGUGCUUAAGGCAAGCCAAGCCGCCCUCCUCCGCCGGUCCACCUUCUCCUCCCAAUCCUAUUUCAUUUUCCUCCUCGACCUCCUCCAUAACGACUGGCUCCACCCCACCGUCUCUUCCACAGCCAAAGCCGACCCCGACGCCUGGAUGGACGCCCUCCUCGCCGGCCUCGUCUCAUCAGCCGACACCGGCAACGAAGAACUCGUCAUAGCCACACGCGCCGCCCUCUGCGCGUUCUGCGAACGCUCCCCAACCCACCGCGACGUCGUAUGCGGCGCGCUGGCGCGCAACCUCAAGACCUGGCAGGGAACAGACCGGGUCCUGGUCCCGACGCUGGAGGUGGUCGCCUUCUUGUUCCACGUAGGCAUCUUUGAGGGUGCCGCGGGGAUCGACUACAAGACGCUGUGUCUGCGGGUGCAGAAGGCGUGUUACAAGACCGGGAAUGUGCGUAAAAUUGAAGCGUGUGUGAGGGUCUAUGGGGCAAUUGCGGAGUUGGGGAACAGCAGGAACAGCGCCACUCCCGCCAGCGCUGCUAGCAUUCACCAGGACACCCUGGAUGCCUCAGUCCCCAAAAUCACCACAAAAAGGCAGGAAGAAGGCAUCCGUGAAGCCCGUGUCCGUCUCGGGGCUCUCAUGUCCCACCCCUGGCCACGCGUCAAGAGUACCGUUGUGGACGAGCUUUGGGGUCUGCAUUACGAGGACGCAGCGAUCGCCCAAUCUCUGAAAAGCGUGGACUGGGGGAAGGCAGAGAAGGCUAAGAUCAGGACAAUGGUGGAGGGUCUGGGGCUUGUUUGA